AUGAAAAUUAUAGUGUCUUACUUUGAACAUACUGGAAAUAACGAACAGCUAUGUAUGUCAUUAUUGAAAUUGAAACUUACAACAGAUAGUUAUUCCAUGAUAUAUAAAAGUCAACAAGGUUCUGAAUUUUCAAAUAUUAAUUCUAUUCAAAUCGAAGAGGAACUAACUGGACUACGUAGAAUGUGCAAAGGAACUUUGGAAAAUGUUAAUUAUGCAAUUAGAAAAGUUAGAGAACUUAAGUCGAAAUAUAGAUUAUAUAGGCAACAAAUGAAACUUAGUGCUAAAGAUGAUCCAAGUAAUAUUAAAUUUUUUUUAAAUAAAAUGGAUUCUAUACUAAUGUCAAUAAAUUUAUACAAACAAGAAUAUGAUGAUAAUAUUUUUUUCUUACUAGAAAAUUGUCUUGAUAGUAAAAGUUCUGCUGCAUAUAAUGUUAGAAGGGCUAUAUCAGAUUUUAAUAGAGAGGAAAUGAAGAAAAAGAGAUUAAGAAAAAAACUUGACAAAAUAAGAAAUAAAGUGACAUUAUUAAAUAUUAAUUCUACUGCAAAGAGUUUACAUAAGAUUAAUUGUUUUCACAAUAAAGAAUCUUGUCAAUGUUGUGUUGAAUUAGAUGACAUACAGCAAAGAAAAUCUAAGAUCUUAGAAAGAAAGAACCAUCUAGAAAAAAAAAUUAGAGAAAGUCAAGAUGAUAUUGAUUUUUACAAGAAUUGUUUUGAAAAGGAAGAAAGGAUAAGGAAAGAACGAAUAAGAGAAAAAGAUUUUGUAUUACAAAAAACCAGAAGAAAAUGGGAUAAAUAUAAUAAGUGUAAGGGAGGACUAAUUACAGGAUUAACAAGUAGAAACAUAGGAAUAUAUACAAAAAAAAAGUUACAAAAAAGAGAAAAAGAAGAAUAUGAAUAUGAUGAAGAAGAAGAAUAUGAAUAUGAUGAAGAAGAAGAUAAUGAAGAAGAUGAUGAAGAGAAGAGACGAGAACGAGAAAUGAGACAAGAACUAGAAAUGAGACUAGAAUUAGAAAAAAGACUAAAACAAGUAGAAGAGAAAAAAUUAAUAAUAAAACAAAUGAACAUGUAA